CGUCAUCCAAAAUUGGAUGAGAUGAGUUGAAAUUUCCAUGCGUGGGAAUGGGAACAGAGAAGCGCGCGUGCCCAAAAACCCACCGAGCCGCGAGACAGGAGAACCCCAAAUCAAAUCACAGCCUCCUUCCAAUGCAGCCCCUGAAUCCCUAACCCCACCGCGCUCGAUUGCCGCCGCCGCCGUUCGCGUCCCCUCCGCCGUCCGCAAUGCAGCCUCCAUCCGAUCUCUCCCCGCCCCCACCCUCCUCUCCGCCCGCCGAUACACCAGCCUCCGCCGCGGCCCAAACCCCAAGCCUCCCCGACACCCCGGCCUCCUUGGACCCCGACACCCCCUUCUCCGACGCCGCACCCGUCGACGCCUCGGACGCCGACAUCCCCGCCCUCGCGCCAACACCCGACGGCGCCCUCGCCUCCGCCUCCGCCUCGGACGCCCCCGGCGACGGCGAGGACGACGGGAUCACCAACCCCUCCGGUGGCUCCUCCAGGAAGCACAUGACCCUAGCGCCGCCGGCGGCGGCCAGCAAGAAGUCGAAGAAGAAGGGCGGCAACAGCGUUUGGACCCGGCCAACCUCCCGCAAGGGCAAGAAGAAGGCCAGGCAGCCGGGCGGCCACGGGCCCGGUGGCGGCGCCAGCGGCGCCCACCCCGGGCCCAGCGCCGGCGGGGACGAGCUGUGCCAGCUCGUCCCCGCGACCCGCCUCGCCGCCGAGCGCAACGACGACGCGGCCGCCCAGCCCGUGCUCCUCUCCCGCUUCUUCAAGUCCGAGAGGAUCGAGGUCUCCGACGACCGCCUCACCGCCGCCAGCACCAAGGGCUACCGCAUGGUGCACGCCACCCGCGGCGUGGCGGCCGGGGCGUGGUACUUUGAGGUCAUGGUCGUGCAUCUCGGCGCCACUGGCCACACGCGCCUCGGAUGGGUGACCAACAGGGCGGACCUCCAGACGCCGGUUGGGUACGACGCCUAUGGGUUUGGGUACCGCGACAUUGAUGGCGCCAAGGUGCAUAAGGCAUGGAGGGACAAGUAUGCUGAUGAAGGGUACGGGGAAGGAGAUGUCCUUGGGUUCUACAUUUCUCUGCCUGACGGGGAGCAGUAUGAGCCUAAGCAACCUGACCUGAUUCAGUACAAGGGAAUGCCCUUUCAUGUGCAAGUCCCCAAAGAGGAGCAGAAGAUACCAGCUCCUGUUCCUGGGAGUGAGAUAUGCUACUUCAAGAAUGGGGUAUGCCAAGGCAGUGCCUUCAAGGACAUUCCUGGAGGGAGGUAUUACCCAGCUGCAUCAAUGUAUACGCUCCCUAACGAGCCAAACUGUGUAGUCAAAUUCAAUUUUGGGCCAGACUUCGAGUUCUUCCCACAAGAUUUUGGCGGUCUGCCCAUCCCUCAACCAAUGAGCGAGGUGCCUUAUCAGGCACUUGAGGUGAAGAAUGAGGGGGCUGCCGAAAAUGGAAUUGCUGAAAAAACUAGCUAGUGUAGUUAGCAUGCUAUUUUAGCUAUGUCGAAUACCCCUGUGUAAACACCAUAUGCGCCCAUGGCUAGAUCAUGGUGAGGUUGGCCACUGGAGUCUGUCUGACAUUAUGUUGUCACCAAAUGGGUUCAAUUUCCUGUCCUUGGCUGGGUGAAGUUAUUGUUUGCCGCCAGAUGGUAGUGAAAUGGUGAUGGUAUGUAAGAGCAACCAGAGGGUGUUAUCUGUCAUGUGGCAUGCUGCAGUAGAGGGACGAAGAGCAGCGAAGGGAGGUGGACAGUGUUGUUCUGGUGGAGCGGCAGGUGAAACCUUAUGCUGGGAGUUUUACUGCCCAGGAAGUUGGCCAGGAAACGUAUCUGCUUGUAAAUUUGCCUCAUUUUCAUUUUUCAUCCCAGCAAUCCAAAUGGCCUUUUGCCAGUAUUUCUCUGUAACUGUAAAAAUCUGUCUGGUCUCGUUUCGAUACGCAUGCAAUGUGAAUAUGUGAUUGACAGAAUCA